CAUCCGCAUACCAUAGAGAUCUACUAAAGGGUGCCUGAAUCAGCCUCUACGAUGCUAGCUGCCUGUCUGUUAGUUAGCUGAUGUAACGUCAGCAGGACUAGCCGCUGUCAAGCCCCCUCCUCCACCUGGAACGUGCUGAAGUUGCUGCCCAGAGUUAAUGUCAUUUGCUCGCUCGCUGUUCAAGAUGUCAAGUCACAAUCCUUUGUUGAGGCUGGAGAAGCGAGCAUCCGAGGCAGACCAGAUCAUCGAGUACCUCAAACAACAAGUCCUGCUGCUGAAGGAGAAAGCCAUCGUCCAGGCCAGUGUCAGAGAAGAGAAGAAGCUGAUGGUGGAGAACACCAAACUGAAGAAUGACAUUGAAGAUCUAAAAAAGCAGCUGCUGGAGAAAGAAAAGAAGAGGGGAGGAGGAGAGAAAGCAGAGAAGAAGCCGGCAGCUCCCAGCCAAGAAGACGCCAAGGUGGACGUGUCUCGUCUGGAUAUGCGUGUCGGACGUAUCAUCACCGCAGAGAAGCACCCGGAUGCAGACAGCCUGUAUGUGGAGCAGGUGGAUGUGGGAGAAGCUGUUCCACGGACAGUGGUCAGCGGGCUGGUCAAGCACAUACCUCUGGAGCAGAUGCAAAACCGCAUGGCAGUCCUGAUGUGUAACCUGAAGCCAGCAAAGAUGAGAGGAGUGGUGUCCCAGGCCAUGGUGAUGUGUGCCAGCUCCCCAGACAAGGUGGAAAUCCUUGACCCCCCAAGUGGAGCAGUGCCAGGGGACAGAGUUACCUUCCAAGCCUUCCCAGGUGAUCCAGACAAAGAGCUGAACCCCAAAAAGAAGGUGUGGGAGCAGAUUCAGCCGGACCUGCGCACGGACGACCAGUGUGUUGCAACGUACAAGGGAUCCGCCUUUGAAGUCGCCGGCAAGGGAGUGUGCAAAGCCCAGACCAUGAGCAACAGUGGAAUCAAAUGAAAUAACAGAGCUGCUUGAAAUAGCUCCGUGUUUACAUGGCAAUCCUCUGCAGGGAUGACGACGGGGGUGUUGAGAAACAGGAUGGUGAUUAACGAAAGUAAAUGCUUCGAAGAUGUUCAAUAAAGGGAUUUGGAAAUUAAAACAUA